GCUAUUACAAUAUUCCAUGCUAGAUCAGCCUACGGCACUGCCUACGUAUUGCUUGCCUAACAACAUUGUUUUGUGUGUCCUUAGAGAAUUUUGAUUUAUGGGUCUCAGACACAUUACAUCCAGCAAGAUAUUCAGUCCAAAUCUGCUUGACACCAAAGAAUAUUAUAUUUAUAUAUGGCCUUACCUGGAGCCAAUGGAUACUUUUUGGACCAGAAGGUAUGGAACGGGACUUCCACAGCAUUUGAUCUCAUGGUGAACAUGAGAACCAGACUAGACCAGCGGAGGGUGAUUCACCAGAGCAAUGAGUCAAUCACGUACUACAAUAAAAGGAAGAUUCCUGCUUGAGUUUCUCAUUGUGCACAUCAACACACCAGAGAAAGAUGCACUCGUCACUGAUCUUUUGCUCAAUCUUAAUGGCAGCCCUUGUGGUCCUCACUGUGAGCCGACCCACAGCAACGCUGGACAUGAUCCGGAUCAUGGCUCGAACCACCAUCAACAGAAUUAAAAAAAUUAAAGAUGAGCACUUCCGGAUGUCUCCUGAAAUUUACUUUCCUGGUCCUGACAUUGACACGCCCAUUGACGGUCUCACUUCUGUCAUUGUUCACCUGAGAUACGUGCAAAUAAGGCUGCAAGUUCCCCCAUCCCAGCAUCUGCGACAGGUUCAAGUGGACUUGGAAACUCUCCUUAGCACAUUAGAGGGACUAGCCAUAUCACACGGAUGUCCCCUUCCCAACCACGAGACCCCGGUGCACAAAGCCGAAACGGCUUUCCCGUUCACCUUUAACUACCUGUACCUCCAGGAGCUCCAAAGGUUCCUGGAUAAACUCUGCCUGAACAUGGAGAAACUAAAACGAUGCAAAGACACAGAUGUGGCUGAGACACUUACAUUCUGAAACGCGUAAGCCAUGUGUAACUACUUCUAUGCAUCAAACUGAAAUUAUGCACACAAGGAUUAGUUCUCUAAAUUAUUUUUUUAACUUAUUAGAAUUGAUUAGUUCUUUGUAAUUUUCUCAUUUGUUCUUUUUAUGUUAUGAUUUCUCCUUAAAAUAUUGCCUUAAAGUAAUACAAAAGUUUUGGAUUUUCUAAGCUGUAUUUUAUGGCACAUGUUGUUUUAUAUUACAACAGAGACAGAAAAUUUGCACUUGUAU